AUGUGCCACGGGGAAUUCCUCACUACAAACCUACCAGCCAAGCCAACACCUCCGUCAAGUCAACCACAGACCACCUCCUUCCAGUGUAGGAGAGUGGAUACCAUUCUAGGCCUGCAUUUGUCCCUGAGCUGUCGGGGGCCGUCCAAGCCACAGUCUUGCAGCCAUUUGUGCAAAACGACGGAGAAUUGCACGUGGUGGAUGUACAACAUGCUUAGGGCUGACGGCGAGUGCAAGAUGUGGAGCCAGGAUCAGAGCCCGUGCAUUCCCGAAGAUACAUCGGAUCCCGAGACGGCUCGCUUUGACAACACUCCCAUUGGCUGGACAGUCGUGGGAGGCCCUUGCCAAUCGGCCUCCAUGAAUAUGACUCAAAAGUUCCGCCGCGGCAAGUGCCCUCAGCUAAGCUGCAACUCCCCCUCGCGAGGGUUCCUAUGGGACCACCCGCACCUGGGCCACCUCUACUCGUUUGCCACAGGCAGGAGAAAGCGCCCCCACUCGUGCUUCCUUGCAUGCAUGGAAACCCCAGGAUGCGCGUAUUGGAUGUACGACCUGCACUCAAACAGUGGCGACUGUGUGCUCUGGUCCGAUGAGCAGAACCCGUGCCUGCCCGAGCCGGGCGGAGGGGAAGAGUCGGCGCAUUUUGACCCACUGCCCACGCACAGUGUGUUUGUGGUGGGGGGCGGCUGCAACAGGGAAGUGCCAAAUCAAAUUUGA